GAGACCCCGGAGAAGGAGUAUUGAGGAACCGGGUGGUAUGAGGAGGCCGGACUGGGCAGCAGGGGUCUGCGCGGGGCCGGGCAGGGCCUCUGGCGGCUAGGCCGCGCCUUCACUCGGGCCCCGGGGGCCUGGGCGUGUGAGCGACGCCGGGGCCCGGCUUUCCGGGAAGGCUCGCGGGAGCCCAGACUCGGCGGGCAUACCGUGGGGAGGGCAGGGGCUGCCCUGGCCUCGGAGUUGCAGUCUGGGGUCGCGGUGGGCAGUUCUCGCGAAGAGGCCGCCGACCUGGCUGAGGAGAUUUUCGGGUCCUGCGUGAAGCCAAACCCUUGCACUGGUUCGACGACGCGGAUUUCCAGGCUCCGUCCUAGGCGCUGCGGUUCCGGCCUGUCCCGCGUGCGCCCUGCUCUAGCCUGCGGGGGUGAAAGCCAGACCGCACCUGGGUCAGGAUCUACCAAAUCUGCUGAUUAACUAUGGAAGAUUAUACCAAAAUAGAGAAAAUUGGAGAAGGUACCUAUGGAGUUGUGUAUAAGGGUAGACACAAAACUACAGGUCAAGUGGUAGCCAUGAAGAAAAUCAGACUAGAAAGUGAAGAGGAAGGGGUUCCUAGUACUGCAAUUCGGGAAAUUUCUCUAUUAAAAGAGCUUCGUCAUCCAAAUAUAGUCAGUCUUCAAGAUGUGCUUAUGCAAGAUUCCAGGUUAUAUCUCAUCUUUGAAUUCCUUUCCAUGGAUCUCAAGAAAUACUUAGAUUCCAUCCCUCCUGGUCAGUUCAUGGAUUCUUCACUUGUUAAGAGUUAUUUGUACCAAAUCCUACAAGGGAUUGUGUUUUGCCACUCCAGAAGAGUUCUGCACAGAGACUUAAAACCUCAAAAUCUAUUGAUUGAUGACAAAGGAACAAUUAAACUGGCUGAUUUUGGCCUUGCCAGAGCUUUUGGAAUACCUAUUAGAGUAUACACACAUGAGGUGGUAACACUCUGGUAUAGAUCGCCAGAAGUAUUGCUGGGGUCAGCUCGCUACUCAACUCCAGUUGACAUUUGGAGUAUAGGCACCAUAUUUGCAGAAUUAGCAACCAAGAAACCACUUUUCCAUGGGGAUUCAGAAAUCGAUCAACUCUUCAGAAUUUUCAGAGCUUUGGGCACUCCCAAUAAUGAAGUGUGGCCAGAAGUGGAAUCUUUACAGGACUAUAAGAAUACAUUUCCCAAGUGGAAACCAGGAAGCCUGGCAUCCCAUGUUAAAAACUUGGAUGAAAAUGGCUUGGAUCUGCUCUCGAAAAUGUUAGUCUAUGAUCCUGCCAAACGAAUUUCUGGCAAAAUGGCACUGAAUCAUCCAUAUUUUAAUGAUUUGGACAAUCAGAUUAAGAAGAUAUAGCUUUCUGACAAAGAGUUUCCACAUAUCAAGAACAGAUAGUUAUAUUUUUAUUGCUAACUUUGUCUGUUUUUGUUUUGUGUAUUUUUCUUUUCUUUGUUGUAAACUUAAGCUGUACUUCAUCUUCUGAUUUCAAAAGUGUAACUUAAAAAUGUAAAUAUUGUUCUAUAUGAAUUUAAAUAUAAUUCUGUAUA